ACACCGGGAGACGCGGUGCCGCUCGUCACCCUGGACGCUUCCCCCGGCGGGCCGCUGUGUGGCGGAGGACUUGUUGCGGGCCUGUGGGAUGAGUCGCGCGGCGGAGGAGCGCCAGUGGACCGGUGAAUGAGCGCGGAGCAACAGGCGGCGGAAAGUCGGUGAAGCUGCGCGAGGAGCGCACAACAUCCCGGAGACAUGUCGCUGCUGUGCGUCCGAGUGAAGAAAGCCAAACUCCACGGGCCUCCAGACAAGUUCAACGCCUAUGUGACUCUGAAGGUGCAGAAUGUGAAGAGUACGACCAUCACGGUCCGAGGGGACCAGCCGUGCUGGGAGCAGGACUUCAUGUUUGAGAUCAGCCAUCGGGAGUCAGGCCUGGUGGUGGAGCUCUGGAACAAAGGUUUGAUCUGGGACACGAUGAUCGGUACGGCACUGAUUCCCCUCAGCGCCAUCGAGCAGUCUGACGAGGAGGGUCCGGGGGAGUGGACCGCCCUGUACUCUGAGGUGCUGAUGAGGGAGGACGAGAUCUGCGGGACCUCCAACCCGACGCCUCACCAAGUCCUGCUGGACGCCCGCUUCGAGCUGCCCUUCGACAUCCCAGAGGACGAGGCUCAGUACUGGACCGACAAACUGGAGCGGAUUAACACCAUGCCGGUACACGACGAGUAUCCUCUACAGGAUGACGUCCAGCGGAGGAGAACGGCGUUUGUUCCCGCUCAGUGCUGCAGCUGGAGUUAUUUCGGAUGGAGUGAGCAGCAGACUUAUGAUGACCACGACAGCGCAGUGGACGAUCGGGACAGCGACUACCGCAGCGAGACGGGAAACAGACCUCCACGAUAUCACAGCACCUCCCAGACCAAUUCGUCAGUGCACCAGUACCCGAUCGGGCGGAGGGCGCAGCAUCCCGGCCUGUCCCGGGAGUCGGAGUCGGUACAGAGCUAUGAGAUGGACUACAGGGAAAUGAGGGGAGCCAGUCCACCAGACAGCAGUCACUUCGACUCGUCAGGCAACCUCAGCCCGGUCAGCUCCCAGCUCAGCUCUGAGCCUGAAGAACGCAGACAACCCGAAUCCGGCCUUCCUUGCAAACCUGCCCCGCUCAACAGUACGCCGUCUCACUGGACCGAGGAGGAGGAAGAGGAUGAGGAAGAAGUGGAGAAAGAGGUUCAUGCUGAGCCUGAGCCAGGUUCCAACAAAGACUUGAAGGACUCGUCAGUCAUCCUUCCCAAACCGACCUUGGACCUUGAUGACAACAGAACCAAAGCCUGUUUCUUUGAAGAUGGCCUUCCACCCUGUUCUCCAUCCAAAGUCCGUUGGCUGAAGGCGUACAACAAAGUGAGAGUCCAAAUACUCGAGAGCCGAGAUCAAGAUGGUGACCCCAGCAAGCACCCAUGGGCCAAACCAGGGGGAAAUGCACCAUUUGGCAUCGACAGCAUGCCGGACCUCCGCAAGAGGAGGCCGAUUCCACUUGUUAGUGAAUUGGCGAUGUCCAUGAUACAGUCAAGGAAAGCUGGACUCGCCCACGCUCUGACCGCACGGACAUCCCUGAAAGACGAAGAGCUUAAAACCCACGUUUACAAGAAGACCCUGCAGGCUCUCAUCUAUCCCAUCUCCUGCACCACGCCCCACAACUUCGAGGUGUGGACGGCCACCACGCCAACCUACUGCUACGAGUGCGAGGGUCUGCUGUGGGGCAUCGCCCGGCAGGGUAUGCGUUGUGCGGAGUGUGGGGUCAAAGUUCAUGAGAAGUGCCAAGAGCUGCUCAACGCUGACUGCCUUCAGAGAGCAGCUGAGAAGAGCUCCAAGACCGGCGCAGAGGACCGGACGCAGCACAUCAUCAUGGCCAUGAAGGACCGGAUGAAGAUCCGAGAGAGGAACAAGCCUGAGAUCUUUGAGGAGAUCCGGAGGGUGUUCAACAUCGCCAAGGCCGUCCACACUCAGCACAUGAAGAGCAUCAAGCAGAGCGUCCUGGACGGGACCUCCAAGUGGUCGGCCAAGAUCACCAUCAACAUCAUCAGCGCUCAGGGUCUCCAAGCCAAAGACAGGACCGGCUCCAGCGAUCCCUACGUCACCAUCCAGGUGGGAAAGACCAAGAAGAGAACUAAGACCAUCUACGGCAACCUGAACCCAGUCUGGGAGGAGAAAUUCAGCUUCGAGUGUCACAACUCAUCGGAUCGUAUCAAACUGCGAGUUUGGGAUGAAGACAAUGACAUCAAGUCACGAGUGAAGCAGCGGCUGAAGAGAGAGUCGGAUGACUUCCUGGGUCAGAGUAUCAUUGAGGUCCGGACUCUGAGCGGAGAGAUGGACGUUUGGUACAACCUGGAGAAGAGAACGGAUAAGUCGGCGGUGUCUGGAGCCAUCCGUCUCCAUAUCAGUGUGGAAAUCGAGGGAGAGGAGAAAGUGGCUCCUUACUACGUCCAGUACACCUGCCUUCACGAGAACAUGUUUCACUUCUGUACGGACGUGGAGGGCGGCGGCAUGGUCAAGAUCCCGGUGGCGCACGGAGACGAUGCCUGGAAAGUUUACUUCGACGAGGUGCAGCAGGACAUCGUGGACGAGUUCGCCAUGCGCUACGGCAUUGAGUCCAUCUAUCAGGCCAUGACCCAUUUUUCCUGCCUGUCCUCCAAGUAUAUGCUGUCAGGCGUGCCGGCGGUGAUGAGCACCCUGCUGGCCAACAUCAAUGCCUUCUACGCCCACCCCACCGCCUCCACCAACGUCUCCGCUCCAGCCAGAUUCGCAGCCUCCAACUUUGGGAGGGAUCGUUUCGUGAAGCUCCUGGAUCAGCUGCACAACUCCCUGCGCAUCGACCUGUCCAUGUACAGGAAUAACUUCCCAGCCAGCGACAAGGCUCGCCUCAGUGACCUUAAAUCGACCGUGGAUCUUCUCACCAGCAUCACUUUCUUCAGGAUGAAGGUUCUGGAGCUGCAGAGUCCUCCCCGGGCGGCCAACGUGGUGCGGGACUGCGUGAAGGCCUGUCUGAACUCCACCUAUGAGUACAUCUUCAACAACUGUCUGGAGCUCUUCAACCGCCAGUUUCAGCCCGCCGUCCAGCCGCCUGAACCCGAGAAGAAAAAGAAGAAGAAAAAGAAGGAAAAGGCUGAGGGCGAGGAAGAAGAGGAUAAAGAAGGAGAGGACGAAGAAGAGGAUGAGGAGGAGGGGGAGGAAGAGGAGGAGGAGGAGGAGAAGAAAGAGGAGGGCCAGCCGGAGGAGCAGGGCCCAAGCAUCCAGAAUCUGGACUUCUGGCCAAAACUCAUCACGCUCAUCGUGUCCAUCAUCGAGGAGGACAAGAACUCGUACACACCCAUCAUCAACCAAUUCCCUCAGGAGCUGAAUGUGGGUAAAGUCAGUGCGGAGGUCAUGUGGCUGCUCUUCGCUCAGGACAUGAAAUAUGCCCUGGAGGUUCUGGAUAAAAUCGAUCACUACCGCUGGAACAACGCUCCCAAAACAUUUCGCAUCCGCAGAAUUGAUUUUUAUGCCGAACACGAGAAGCACCGACUCUGCAAGACCGCCGACUACAUGAACCUGCACUUUAAGGUCAAGUGGCUUUACAACGAGUACGUGAAGGAGCUGCCCGCCUUCGCAGACGCCGUGCCCGACUACCCCGCGUGGUUCCUGCAGUUCGUCCUGGCCUGGCUGGCCGAGAACGAGGAGGUUUCCAUGGAGUUCAUGCACGGAGCGCUGGAGAGAGACAAGAGAGAAGGAUUCCAGCAGACGUCCGAGCACGCUCUGUUCUCCAGCUCGGUGGUGGACAUCUUCACUCAGCUCAACCAGAGCUUUGAGAUCAUCAGGAAGCUGGACUGCCCGGACCCCACCGUGGUGGCCCACUACAACAGACGCUUCGCCAAGACCAUCACCAAAGUGCUGCUGCAGUACUGCGCCCUGCUGGUGAAGAGCUUCCCCUCCUACUGUGAGAAGGAGAAGAUCCCCUGCGUGCUGAUGAACAACAUCCAGCAGAUGAGGGUUCUCCUGGAGAAGAUGUUCGAGUCGAUGGGGGCAAAACAGCUGGAUACAGAGGCAGCCGACAUCCUCAAUGAGCUGCAGUUGAAGCUCAGCACCGUUCUGGACAACUUCAGCGCCAUGUUUGCCAAGAGCUUCCAGACUCGUAUCACCGGCUGCAUGCGUCAGAUGGCUGAGAUCCUCUACCAGAUGAAAGGCCCGCCCAACCACAACACUGCAGAGGCGGACGCCGACGCCAUGCUCAGGCCCCUCAUGGAGUUCCUGGAUGGGAAUCUCAGUGUUUUUGCUGACAUCUGUGAGAAGACGGUGCUGAAGAGGAUCCUGAAGGAUCUGUGGAAGAUCGUGCUGAGCAGCCUGGAGAAAACCAUCGUGUUGCCUCAGAGCAACGACAGCCUGGGAGCUCAACUCCUCACAGCAGCUAAAGGACUGUCCAAUCUGAAGGGAGGAGGUGAAGCCAAAACUCUGACGCCAAAGCAAUGCAUCAUCAUCGACGCGGGACUGGAGACCAUCAAGCAAUACUUCCACGCAGGAGGAAACGGACUGAAGAAGGCCUUCGUGGAGAAAAGUCCUGAGCUGGCUUCACUGCGUUACGCUCUGUCCCUCUACUCCCAAAGCACCGACGCUCUCAUCAAGACCUUCGUCACCACACAGCACUCCCAAGUGCAUGAUGGGAUGGGCAUCAGAAUCACCGGCAAUGAGAAGAUCCGUCCUGAUCGAGGUUCAGGCGUGGAGAAGCCCAUCGGAGAGGCCAUGCUGCAGAUCGACAUGAUGCUGGGGAAGGAUCGUAAGGUCAACGUUAGAGUCAUCGCGGUGAACGACAUGAAGUGGCAGACUUCAGGGAUGUUCCGGCCGUUUGUGGAGGUCUCCAUGGUCGGACCCUUCCUCGCUGACAAGAAACGCAAGUUCACCACAAAAUCCAAGAACAACAGCUGGACAGCAAAGUUCAACGAGGCUUUCCAGUUCGUCUUGGGUAAGGAAUCCCCAGACUGCUACGAGCUUCAGGUGACGGUGAAGGACUACUGCUUCGGCCGGGCGGACCGGGUGGUCGGCGUGGCCGUCGUUCAGCUCCGCGACGUGGCCGACCGAAAGAGCUGCGUGUGCUGGUGUCCCCUGGGCCCACGGAUUCACACGGACGAGACGGGCAUGACGGUGAUGCGCAUCCUGUCCCAGAGGCCCGCCGACGAAGUGGCCAAGGAGUUCGUCAAGCUGAAAUCUGAAACCCGGCCAGUGGAGGAGGGAAGAUGAGGAAGAUGAGGUUCCGGCUUCAAAUCAGACAGUGGGGAAAUAUUUAAAAGUGUGACACGGAGAAGUACCGAGCAGACAGAAGAAUGUACAUUCUGUGUGAGGGUAUUCUCCAAAAAUCAAGACUGUCACAUAACGUAUGGGCGAAUGAGUAGGAAAUCUGGAAGAAAAUAUCCCAGGAUGCAUUGCUGUGGGUUUUUCUGUCACUGUGAAAAAAAAAAAAGAUGGUAAUUUUUCUGCUUACGGCAGCAUUUCAUGAGAGAAAUCACGUUCCUAUUUAGAUACAGCUCCAUGACAAAGCUUCUCUGCUGAACUCCCCUGAGGGGAAGUAAACUCCAAAAGAAGAAAUCAGUCAAAUUGGUUCUGGAUUUUGAAGGUAUCACUCUAACCAUGCCGGCAAGCUGAAUUCUCACGGUAUUUGUUCACACACACCAUGAGAAGCCAUCUUGCAGCGCUCAUGCGCUCGGGCUCGAGUUUUGUCCUUCGGACCAAUUACGCGUUGUUUAGGGCGGGACAUGAAGCUUUGACGAAAGCAGGAAGCGACGGACUGCUAAUAAUAUUAGCAUGACUCGCGAAACAUGUCCCGGAUGUCCCGACAGCGAUUAAAUCUGUUUUGGAUGAAUCCUCUAUUGCCUCUUUCAGGGUGAUGAUGUCCGCCUCCAUACGUCGCAGUUUUACACGUGCGCUUCGACUUGGUCAUAUCAUCUGAUAGCUGACACCUGAUUUCUGCUAAUCCGUCCGCCACGCAUUUGUCGUUGGUCAAGCGGAGUUUUUCAAAAAUUAGCGCAGUGUUUGUCAGUACGCCCUUAAUGCGCAGAUUUUCGCUACAUAAACGGCAAAAGUCCCUCGACAUCUUGUCAUGAAUCUCACUUUCUAUCCACCGUGGGUGUGACUGUUGAUAUUCACUUGCCGGGCGCAUGCUGUCGAUGUCAUUUUUUUCUUUGUGGUGAUUGGCUGAAACCAAACAUGGUUAGGCGGGCGCACGGUGUCCUUCCAUCCAAGGAACGCAGAGUUCUACAGCAAGUCCCUCCUUCUCCGAACGGAUUUGGCGGGUGAAAUCCCAGAUUGCCUUGUGCAGCAAUUCGUUGAUAUGACCACAGCCAUAACCGAUAACCCUGACCUUUUGGGUCAUUCGGGGUGCCGAUCUUUGUCUCAUUCAGGAGAGAUUUUAAAAUCAGUUUCUCCAAUUUCAAAGCUCAGUGGAACAAUUUUAGUUGUUUAGAAUUGUUACAUCUGUGAACACAUAGAAUGUACUCGAAGUAAGCUAGGCUGUAUUUGGAAAGCAUAAGAAAGACACUCUACACAAAACUGACACAUAGAGCAGGGUAGAAUCACCGGAGAUUCUCUUGUAAAGCCUUUAAAUUCCAGAGAAAUAUUUCUCAAAAGUUACGUACUGAAGCUAGCUCUAGUAGCCACUAACAAAGUUUACAAUAAUCUGGAACAAUAAAUCGUUAAGGCAGCCAAAGUGAAGAGAUUUCAGCUUCCAGAGAGUUGAAGCAUCAUCAUGCAACAGUGAUCUGUUUUUGUAGAGAAUAUCAGAAUAUCACUAAGAUACGUUGCCUACGUUUUUUUUGUCUGAACAUGUUAAAUGUUAAGGAAAUCAGAAAUACACACUGAAUUGACAUUUUGCAGCAAGUUCUAAUCCAAUAAACAGCCUUAAAAGAAGCCAGCCUACUAAUAAAAGCGAGCUUAUAAACGCUAGCUAAGAAAGCUAGCCUCUAUUUUACCGCUUGAAACACAGAUGAUUCAACUAAGACUGAGUCAGAAAACAAAACGUGACUGUUUUCUUUAAGUGGCAAAAGAGUGUGUGACUGACCAGCUUAGUCUGUAGCCGGUGAGGAUUUGAAUCUUGAGUUACCGGUAUUAGUGCUAAAUUAUGACUGUGAGGAUCAGAGGUGGACGACUGAGGACGACCUGUCUUCAUGUAGGACAGAAAUUAAGCAUUUUUGAGUUUGUUUCUACGUAAACACACCUGACGCCACAGCCUUGUCAUGCAUGUACUCUUACACACAUUAGUCCUACAUAACUGACGGGAAUUUAACACACAACCAGUUUCAACUAUCAACUGUUUACUACGUGCCAAGGAACAGUGUUUCCAGCAAAGCCACGUUUGACAAGCUCUCUGUGCAUUUUGGGUUGUUUGCUGACAGAUGUGACCUUUGCAGACAUCAGACGGUGGAGCGAAGGCAGAGCGGACACGCCGCUGUGGGCUGGAUGAGUGCAACGGCCACAUCUGGAAUCAACUGAACACUUGCACUCUGUUGAAAACCAACUGUAAGUUUGUAAAAAAAAAAAAAAAAAAAAAAAGAAGAUGAAAUGAAAGCCUA